CAUACUCUUGCUCUCUCUUUCCCCACUCCCUCCCUCCCUUGUCUCUUAGCUUUUCUCCCUUUUCUCUCCCCUCUCUCUUCUUUUUCUGUGUUUGAAUGGAGAAGCUGGGUUCCCCGGAUCCUGCACGCCCGUCGCCGGGUGCAGGGCCUGUGACUGGGGUGUCUGUUGCCAAGACAGCAGAGACUGAGGGAGACGAAGCGGCUGUGGUCAGCUCCAAACUGUUUCGGUGUGCAUGCGUUAGACGUUGCCUACCAUUGGCCUACAGAGAGGAACUCUACCAUGUCUUGAGGCUCACAGGACCAUUGCUGGUGUCUCGGAUGCUGAAUUUCCUCCUGUCGUUUGUUACCACCAUAUUCUGUGGGCACAUUGGCAAUGCAGAACUGGCUGGAUACGCACUGGCCUCAGCGACCAUUAACGUGACCACGACUGCUACAGGUUAUGGCCUUGCUGUGGCUUGUGACACACUCAUUUCUCAGACAUUCGGCAGUAAGAACCUGAAACGUGUGGGAGUGAUUCUCCAGAGGAGUUCAUUGAUCCUGCUGCUGUAUUGUCUGCCAUGUUGGGCUCUUCUCAUCAACGCUUACCACUUACUGCUCCUCUUAAAACAAGAGGAUGAGGUGGCAAGAAUUGCUCAGUUCUACCUGAUGAUGUUUCUACCAGCUGUUCCAGCCAUGUUCCUGUAUCAUCUGCAAGUUUCCUACUUACAAAACCAAGGGAUCAUUAUGCCUCAGAUGUACACAGCAAUAGUAGCGAACGUUUUUAACGUGGCUGCAAACUAUAUCUUAAUCUUCAGCCUGAAGUUGGGUGUCAAUGGAUCAGCAAUUGCUAACAGCCUCUCUCAGAUCAGCCUCUGCCUGCUGCUGCUUGGCUACAUCAGAUGGAGGAAGCUCCAUAAGCAGACAUGGGGAGGCUGGUCCACUGACUGUCUGCAGGAGUGGGGCUCCUACAUGAAGCUGGCUAUUCCCAGUGCCUUCAUGGUCUACUUUGAGUGGUGGAUCUGGGAGGUUGGAGGUUUCAUGGCUGGUGUACUCGGGGAGGUGGAUCUUGCUGCCCAGCAUGUGAUGGUGGAAAUAGCAUCCAUAACAUACAUGUUCCCUCUAGGUGUCCAUGGAGCUGCCUGUGUGCGUGUUGGGAACGCUUUGGGGGCUGGAAACACUUCCGGAGCUAUACUCACUUGCAAAGUGGCCUUGAUUCUAACAGGCAUAUAUUCAGUAGUCCAGGGUAUUGGCAUCAUGGGUUGUAAGUCCGUCGUUGGAUACAUAUUUACCUCAGAUGAAAACAUUGUGAAGAUUGUCUCACAGAAUCUCACAGUCCACACAUUUCUUCAGUUUUUUGAUGCAAUUCUGUGUGUUUGCUCAGGGAUUAUUAUAGGAACUGGGAUGCAGAUAAUUGCUGCCUUGUCCAACUUGGUGGCUUACUACUGCGUUGGUCUACCAGUGGGAGUAGCUCUGACAUACUGGGCCCAGCUCAGAGUAUUAGGCUUCUGGUUGGGUCUCUGCAUAUGUGUUUUCCUUGAGAUGAGUUUCUUGCUUAUUCUAAUCUUGAAACUCAACUGGAAGAAAGUGACAGAAAAGGCUCAACUGCGAGCUGGAAAGAAAGUGGUGAUGAUUCCAAAGCGUCCUGUUAGUACCGUGUUGAAUGAAGCGAUGGUGCCUGACUUCUCUGACUGCCCUAAUACAGCCCAGGUGGACAACAAAGAAGCCUCUAAAUCAGAUGGUUACAGUCCAGUUAACACCCAGGAUCACGAGCUGAAAGCAGAUCAUGAGGCUCAGGGCAACAACACAAACGCAAGAGGGACUGAGGAGGAUGCUGAGUGGAACAAAAAUACGUCAGACACCAAACCUCAAGAAUUGCUUACUAACUCUCAGCUGUUUUUUCGGCGGGGGCUCACUUUAUUCGUUUCAGUUCUCAUUUUGGCCAUCGGUGUUGCUUUGCACAUUGCGUUUCCUAUACCGGAGCACACCGCUCACAGCAGAGCCAACUUUACCCUGAACUGGGCUAAUGACUCCACUCCUACACCUCUGGCUCCACUGGAUCUCACACAAAACCUCUGAGCUACCUUUGACCUCUGAAUGUAGCAGUGUAGUGGAUGGAAACAAUUAGUAUGAUAUUUUAGAUAUCCUAUAGAGAAAAGUAUUAAAAUCUUGACCCAAGUUUCACAGCAUACUCACAGACUUGGGAUGUUACUUUGUAAAACCAGAACCUGAAAGAGGCAACUGGCUCUCUGUCAGUGCUGUACUGCUGAGAAAAUCCACAGAAAGCACAAAGGAAAUGAAAUGAGACUAGCAGGAUGAAGAAAUUCUUGUCACAUAGAUCAUGCGUUAACCUGCUCAGCCUGAGAUGCUCAGCUGGGACGACAUGACAAGUCAUACAUCCUUCACUAGGAGGGACAUCAAGGGACAGAUGUUCUUCCACCGAUAGUUUUGAUUUUUCAACCUUUUCUUGUCUUGACUUUUCAAAUGGCACUGUGAUAGUUCUUUUCUUACUGACCUUAAAUGAUUUUUCUCACAUUUUAACUUUGAAUAUAAAAUUGACUGUAAAUAUCUGAUGUAAAAUUUACAUGCAUACAUGUAUAUAUGUAAUACACAGUAUGACGAUAUGAGUGGGCUAUAAUUACUGAAGUGUCUUCAUGUAUCACUGUCACUCUGCUCUGGUAUUCUUCAGGACAGAGGCGAGUCAUAAAUAAUAAGCUAUUAUUUUUUUU